UCAACACCUUCCUAAUUUUCUGCUUUUCGUAUUCAAAAAGAAAUAAGCAGAGAAAGUUGAGUUCAAAGCACUCUUGAGGCAAGUUUGUGAAAAGGAAACCAAAAAAAGAAUUUUUGCGAAGCAAAUAAUUAGAAAAUUAGUAAAAGAAAUGGAAGGAAAUGCCGCUGAACAAAGUGCCUCCUCCACAAUAGGGAAAAUCACAGUAGAAACAGUAGUACCUGGUUAUGGUUUGUCUGAAGUUUCGUCUGGAAAAGUGGCGGGGACAAGUGUUAACGAGCCAACGGGAAAAGUGAUAAGUAAAAUAGUUGCAAGCGCGGUGAAGAACGAGGCUUGUAUUAAAAUGUCGUUUAUGAAUAACGCGGACGCGGAUACGGAGGAACCACCACCAACAAAGCGUCUAAGAGAGCAAUUAGAAGGUACAAAGCGAAAAGAUACUGAAGAAGAGGAUGAAAAUACCUUAGAAAAUGUUUCCACGACGUCAGUGGCCGGUUCCAUUUCAGAAGGGAAUCGACAUAAUUUGCAAACUAACAAUUUUUUGUUGAAGGAGACAACUCCAACGAGUCCAUUCCCGCGAAAGUUCCGACGUAUUCCCAUUUUUAUAGUCGAUUAUCACAAUGAUGUGUUGGAAUUUAUAUACCGUUGCUUGGCUACGCGUCACUUGCCAAUGUCAAAUAAUAUCAUAGUACAUUUCGAUUCACAUCCUGACAUGGUCAUAUCGCGCCAUAUUCCCGCCAGUGCUUCCUUCGAUAAGGAAACUAUGUUAAACGAUCUUAGCAUUGAAAAUUGGUUAAUGCCAACUUGUUAUGCAGGUCACUUUAAUCGUAUUGUGUGGCUGAAGAACUCUUGGUGUCAACAAAUGCCUGUAGGUAAAUACAACUUCAAAAUUGGACAAAAAUUACAAAGAAUAAAAGUGGAUUUACAACUCGAUUACUUUGUAUCCGAGGGUAACUAUUGUGAUAAGAAAGAAUUAGAAAAUGUUCGUGACAUGGAACUACAAGUUAUUAACGUAGACACUGCUACUGAAGACGCGCCAAUUGAUACAGCGCAAUUUAUAAAAGCCACAGAUGCACCAAAUUUUGUUUUGGACAUCGAUUUGGAUUUCUUUAGCACCUCUAAUCCAUUUAUAGAUGUCUAUAGAGAAGCAAAUUGUUACGAACAACUCAACCAUAUUUUCUACUUUGAAUCAGAUUCUAAAGAUUUGGACGAGACUAACGAGCGUCGCCAAUUGCAGCUGGAAAUGCUUAAAGACAUAUUUGAGCAUUUGGAGAACGUAAGAUCAUUGGAUGGUCUUCCACCACCAGAUGAGCCCAGUAUAAUUACGCAAGAGACUUUAAUACGCAUUCAAAAUCUCAUGAUAUCAAUGCACCAAUACUACCCGGACAGUGAGAUCGAUUGGUUGCUCAUCUAUGAUGCGGGUAGCACUACAGACCACAAUGGUCUGCCACAUCAUGUCAGUACACCGCCAGAGUUAGAACAAUAUUUCGCAAAAUUUAAGAAUGUUAUACAAAAUUUGCCAGUGCCACCGGUGCUAAUUACAAUGGCAUGCUCGGCCGAGGAUGAUUACUGUCCCAAAGAACAAGUGGAGUUUAUUCAAGAACGUGUGCUGGACGUGCUGCAUGAAGUGUUUGGCGAGCGCUUACAUGAUACGCCCAUACGCUAUUACUUAGACGAAGAAUGGGAUAUAAUGAAACUAUAAUUCGGUGGCUUUGACAACAUCGGCCACUCGUAUUUUAGUUAGCAUCGUUUUUUUGUUUGUUUUUUAAUUGCAGUUACCUAGCUAAGUUAACAUUAUUCGACUCACAUCAAGUCGGCUCCACUAAAUUACAGUAUGCUUUUUACCACUGUUUUAUUAGAAAUUAUUCGCUAUUUUCAUUUAGAUGGGCUGCUAUUAAGUGCCUAGCAUUUGAUCGUAUUUUGCGUGGCAAGAUUUCGCUUAUAUUUAAGAUUCGUGAAAGUCGGCCCAGGGCUGCAUCUGCGCGACUAUUUAAUAAUCAUUCUGCUAUUCAUUUGUAAUCAUGUAAAUAUUGCAUUGCAUUUUUAUUUUAGAAUUUCUAAGUUAAAAAAAUGUAAACACUUCUUUCAUUUCAGUUAAGUACAUUUUUUAAUUAAACGAAUUACAACUGAGCAGCGUCGUCAGUAU